UUUUCAUAAUUUAAUAACUAUUGUAAUUCUUUAGAUUAUUUUAAUGUUUUAUAAUAAUAUUCCUAUUUAAAAGUUGCUCAAUUGAUCGUUAUCGCCUCAUGGCAACGAGUGACGUCAGCCAAUGGUGCGAUAACGAUAGUGGGGAUGGUAGGGUAGGCUUGUUUUUGGAAAACGAUUGAAGCGGUGGUCAUUCUGUCGCCGAACGUCUAACAGUAAAGUUGAUCAUAGCAGAAUCUAUGUCAUAGAGAUAUUAUAAGUAUACUAUGCUUAUUAUGCGUAUGAUUAUGUAUAAAUAGUGUUAAAAGUACUGCAAAAGUGAUUUGGUUUAUGGAGAUCAAAAUACAAGGAAAUUACAAGUUAAAAGGUGUUUUAAUUACUAUUCCUUUCUGAGAUAUUGGCAUACGCCAACAUCUCAGAAGUGGGAUACACAAACGUCCACUAAAGGGAGAAAAGUACUAAUCAUGGGCAAAGACCAUGCUGAUAAACGGCGACCGAAGUCGAAAAAGCCUUCUCGUCGUAAUGCCGAUGCUGCUGAUGGCUGCAGUGAUCGCAGCGAAUCUCGAUGCUCAACGCCACCCAUGUCUCCGGUUCGACGGCGAGAGGGACCAUCCAAAAGACGCUCACUGAGAAACACUACUUCCAGAUCAGCACGGCGGUCCAUUUCACGUGAGUGCUUAACCUCUCAUAACAAGCGUCAAUCUUCCCCUCCGGCGAGGUCCAGGUCAAGAAUUAGGUCCCGCUCUCGUAGUUCUAAGAAUAAUGAAGAUAACGCAGACAUCGGGAAUAAUCAUAAUUUGUUUAUUAAGAAUUUUUUUGAUGCCUUAAGUAAUAUGGCGUCUAAAAGUGAUAGUGACAAGUUCCCAGUUCUAAACGUAGUUCCAGAAUUUGACCCUUUAAAUAAGGAACAAACUGUAGAUUCUUGGAUUCACAAAGUAGAUGAAUGUGCGCAAAUUUACGGCUGGACCGACAAACAUAUAGUCCAUUACGCAAUGCCUAAACUUAGCGGUAUCGCAAAAACAUGGUAUCAAGGAUUACCGUCUGUUUUGUACUCAUGGGGUGAAUGGAAAAUAAAAUUGCGUGAAUCUUUCCCUACUAGGGAAAACUAUGCUGAUUUACUAUUAGAAAUGUUAAAUAAACGAGUUCGUUACGGAGAAUCCUUAGAAUUAUACUUUUAUGCAAAAAUGAAUCUUUUGAAUCGUUGCGAGAUAUGGGGUAAACGGGCCGUGGACUGUUUGUUAGCCGGCAUAGACGAUCGAAACGUUCGCGUUGGUGGGCAAAGCGCAGAGUUCGCGGAACCGGAACAAGUACUUAAGUUUUUAAAAUCCGUAAAAAUUAGCUACGAUAGGAAUAAUAAUGAUUCGGCCAAGAGUAGGGACAGAAAACUUAAUCAUAAUUCUGAGAAGCCCGUCUCCAGAACAGUAAUUUCACAAAAGCCUAAGGCAACGAGGACUUGCUACAAUUGUAAUGAGAUAGGGCAUCCGUUUUUUCGCUGUCCAAAACCCAGGUUAUAUUGUACGGAGUGUAGGUUAUUAGGACAUCUAAAAGCUGAUUGUUCGAAGUCGAAGCAGGGUGACCUUGUAGAAGAUAGAACCAAGAAUGUGUUACAAAUUAAAAAUGGAUUUGACACUAGCAUUAAAUAUAAAAUUCCAAUAAAGGUAAAUAAUCAAAUGAUGUAUUGUACCGUAGACUUGGGUAGUGAGGGCACCCUGAUUCGUCUCAGUGAAGCAGAAAAGUUGAAGCUAGAAUGGCAGGAUGUUAGUGGUCCGUUAUUGAAAGGAAUUGCCAACGCGGUAUGUCAACCUAUAGGUUUAUCAUAUGCUACAAUAGAGGUGCAGGGUAUCAUUGAACAAAACGUACAUAUUUUGGUAGUUGAAGAUCAUGUUAUUCCUUGUCCCCUUUUACUAGGGCAUACAUUUACAGAGAGGCCCAAUAUUAAAAUAGUAAAAACUGAUACAGACAUUAUAUUCCAGAACGACCAACCAUAUCUAUAUAUAUAA